AUGCCGCUGCUUCGCCGCACCACCGCCGCCGCGCUCGCCGUGCUGCUGGCCGCCGCCGCAGCCCGUGUCCUCACAGCCCCCCGCGCGCCGCGCCGCGUCCAGCACGGCACGCGCCGCCUGGAGACCAGCCCCGGCGCCUCGGAGGGCUGGUUCGAGGUCGUCUCGCGCGACCCCCAAAGCUGCACCUUCGACUCAGGCGCGCGCUUCGGCACGCCCGGCUUCUCGAAGCGCUUUCCCGGUGGCCCGCCGCCCCACAUACAUCCGGAUGCGGACGAGUGGCUGACUGUUUUGAGGGGCAGGAUGGGGUACAGCGUGGGCGGCGCCCUAGGCAGCAUCGGCGAGGGCGAGAGCGUCACCGUACCAAAGG